CACAGACAGAAAUACAGAGAGAGGGAGGGAGAGAGGGAGAGAGAGAAUACAAUAUGCAAAUUGUAAGUUACUCCAGCAAUAUAUCUUACUAAGCUUAUUAUAGGUAUGACAGUUAAUAUAAAAGUAGACUUCAUGCAGAACUUGAGAAUAUCAGACUUGUGGCAGUGUUACAUCUAGGCUAGCAUGGAUUAGAUUUUUAUGAAUUUAUCAGUAUUAUUUGUUUCCUCCUAGAUGGUUGCCUCUCUGAAGUCUUGGCCUCUUGUGAUUGCCAUGGCUCUGUGCAUCAUGUUCUGUCUGGGAACUUUUGUGGAAGCCUAUCCACCCAAGCCUGAGAGUCCUGGAGAAAAUGCUUCGCCGGAAGAAAUGGCAAAAUAUAUUGCUGACCUUCGGCAUUACAUUAACUUGGUGACAAGGCAAAGGUAUGGCAAGAGAUCUAUCCCAGAGACCUUGAUGUCAGAGCUUGUUUUUGGAGACAAUAGCAAUGCCAGAUCAAGGUUUGAUGAUUCGUAUAUGUGGUGAAGACUUACCCACUUUUCAGUAAAUGGAAGAUCAGCUGCGUCUUUUUAAAUAUUCCACUCCUGUUGUGUCAUUUAACAUUUUUAAAAAGCCUGUUCUUUCCCCAUUUCUGUUUUCUAUCAAAUGUUGAAUCUUGGAAAAUCAUUCUUUUGGGGAUUCCUUCUGCCCCUCCCCCCCAAAAUAAAAAAAAAUGAAAAUGGUUCUUGCAAGCAUUAAGGGGACUCUGCAAGAAAUCUAUUGUGCUGGGGACAGGUCUGGUGUAUACUUGUGUUCAGUAGUGGCCUCGGCUUUUUUUUGAAACAAUGUCUGCAUUGAUUCAUCCAUGAAAAAUCACACUAUGUCCAUUCUUUAUUUUUUACAACCAUAGAUGUGUGUAUAUAUAAUGAUGUAUGAAUGUUUGUGUG